AACACAAACAGCCAGCAGAGCCUUCAAACACAAAUAUUCAUUGUUUAUGUCUUUUAAUCGUCACAUAUGGACCUGAGAAUUUCGCUUUUUUAUAUCAAUACCUUGUUUGUUCAAUUGGAACAUGUGGAAACUCCAAGUUUUUCUCGAGAAGGAAAGCAUUAGUCACAGUGAAGGUAACAUACCGUUGAUUGCUGCUGAAGAAGUGCCAAAGAACUGAGCACAUGGAGACUGAGUGCCAGCAGGGGACAGAGAGCCAAACUGAUGAGGACAGUGACUCAGAGGAAAUCCUGUGUGGAAUUCAUGAGAGCUGUGCCACUGACCUCACUCAUCACCCUCAGCUGGAUGCUGACAUAGAGGCAGUCAGGACAUUGUAUUCAGACAAUGCAGUUUCCAUCAGGGAGUAUGGGUCAAUUGAUGAUGUGGAUGUUGACUUAAACAUAAAUGCUGGCGUUUUGGAUGAGGAAGUAGCCAAGGCCUGGAGGAUUAAUCCAUCAGAUCCCAUUGUUAUCCGUCUGCACUUUUCCUCGUCUCAGUAUCUGGACGGACCUGCACCUGCAGUCGAAGUCUUUCAACCAAACAACAGAGCUCAUUUCAGCCUUAGGAAACAACUACAGAAUAUUCUUACAGUCUUCUUAUGUUGCGAGUGGAAACAUCUGACCUAUGAGAACGUUGUAGUCCGACAGAAGAGAAGACACAGCUGGUUCAGGCCAAGUGGAACCAUCAAGAAAUUUCGUGCAAGACUUAAAAUCUGGCUCCCACCAUCAAAGUCCAGUGAGCUCCAGGAACCUGCUGUGAAAAGAAGGAUCAUUGCACCAGCGAUGAAACUGAAUCAAACAACUUCCUACACCAUCAAGAAUCCUGCAGGGGAGUUCUUCACCUACACCCCCAGUGGAAAGAGGGUGGUGGUGUCAGCAGUUAAGUCGUCAGCACAGCUUAGUACCAAACAGCUGAUAGAGCUGCUUUUCUCCUCCCAGGCCAUCAGACACUGUAAAACCCCCCCAACUCUGCAGCAUGGCUUCUUGGUGCAGAUCAUGAGGUAUGCUGAGCAGAGACUCCUGACGCUGAAUGAAUACUGUGUUGUCUGUGAUGAGCGACAUGUGUUUCAGAAUGACCCGAUGUUAAAGCCAGCAGUUUGCACCAGAGAGCUAUGUGUGUUUUCCUUUUAUACGUUGGGGGUUAUGUCUGGAGCUACAGAGGAGGUUGCCACCGGUGCAGAGGUGGUUGACCUGCUGGUGGCCAUGUGCAGAGCUGCCCUUCAGUCUUCACGCAAGACCAUCAUAUUUGAACCGUACCCUUCUGUUGUUGAUCCGUGCAACCCACAAACCCUGGCCUUUAAUCCUAAGAGAAAGAGCUACGACAGGCUGCAAAAAGCGCUGGACAACGUCUUGUUAAUCAGGAGGAUGUCACAGGGUCCAUAUUCUGAAAUAAAGAAACAGAUGGAUAAGAUAGAUCCUCUGGCGUAUCCUUUACUACAAUGGAUUUUAGCAAGCAACAGAUCACACAUUGUCAAGCUUCCGCUGAACAGGCAACUUAAGUUCAUGCACACACCCCAUCAGUUCCUGUUGAUCAGCAGCCCUCCAUCCAAAGAGGCUCGAUUUCAGACUGCCAGGAAACUUUAUGGCAGUACCUUUGCUUUCCAUGGUUCCAACAUUGAAAACUGGCACUCAAUUUUAAGAAAUGGGCUGAUCAAUGCAUCUUAUACAAAAUUACAGCUUCAUGGAGCUGCAUAUGGGAAAGGCAUCUAUCUGAGUCCUAUCUCAAGCAUAUCAUUUGGGUAUUCUGAGAUGGGUAAAGGGCGACACCAAAUGUCCACCAAAGAAGAACUCAUAAAGAAAUACAACCAAAUAAACAAAAUCAAACAGGAAGAGCCAGGGCAAGCCAGGUUUCUGCAAAACAGGAAUCUAAACUGCAUUGCUCUCUGUGAAGUCGUUACUUCAAAGGACCUUCAAAAACACGGGAACAUUUGGGUGUGUCCGGUACCCGACCAUGUGUGCACACGUUUCCUCUUUGUGUACGAGAACGGCCAGGUGGGAGAUGUACACAUCGACACAGAGGAAGCCAGGAUCCACAGGGACAUUUUACAAGUAAUUGCUUCAAACCCGUGCUGAGAAAACAAAUGCUUUAUGAUUAGACUGCAGAUUUCAUAUUGUUUUCAAAAACUGACUGAGAAUAGAUCUUAGUUUCUUUGAGGAUAAACAUAUGAACUUUUAUUGGUUUGAUAAGUAAACAUAAAAUAAUGCUUUAUAUUACAUUUAUUAGCUUUUGUUUAAAUGAAAAACGCUAACUCAAAGGAAGAGAAAUACCACCACAAAGAGCGAUUAUGUGUUAGAUGGAUGAAACGUGUUUGUUGUGUCAUGCACCUGUAAACGCUUGUUUGCCUUAUAUCUUAAUUUACAGUCUGUAUUUUAAAUCUGUCUUAUAAUUGUAUACUAUAAACACGUUUUUUGUACGUUUUUAUA